CAGAUUGAACUGUUUCAUUGUAUAAACAAACCACAUUUUUCAUUUGUUCAUUCUUCUCCCUUCUCUUUCCAAGUAAAUUGGGCAAAGCAAAAUUAUAGUAUUACUCUUCUGGGGAUGAAAAAGGAAAGUGAAGCUGAGGUGUGUGAACUGUGAACAAAAAUAUUCUUGAAAAAAAAAGAAAAAAAAAAAGAAAAAAAGAGAGGGAAGGAUUAGGUAGUGGUUUUUAGUUUACCAUUUUGUACUACUAUUUCCAUCCCCAUUUAUUAUAUUUUGUUCGUUACAUAAUUGUUUGAAAAAGACUCUUAAUUUUUCAAGUUUCUUAUUAUAGGGUUGCCUCAGAUCCAAGGUACUCUCAAGUUUUAUGUGACAAAAGGGUACCAUCUUUUUCAACAUUUCUUGUGAUUCGCUAGCUACUUUUAGCUUCUUUUACAAUUUCACAUGACCCUAUUCCCUUUUUUAAUGUUGGUUUUUGUAUCAAGAUUUAUGUGGGUUUUGAGUAACUGAGUGGAUUUUGGGAUCUUGAUUGGUUAUUGUCUUCAGAAUUAAGUGAAGUGCAGACAAGUCUUAGCUUGGUAAUUUUUAGGUGAAUUUUCUACCAAAAGGGGGUGGUUAGUUGGUGUUACUACUUUUUGCUUACCAGAUCUGACUAACAAAAUUUCCAUUUCAAGAAUCAGAGCUCAAAGAAAAGAACUUUUUUGUUAGAUCUUUCUAGGCAAUGGAAAAUGGUAUGAGGAGAUUAUUGUUGAUACAAAGGAAAAAAGGUGAUCGGUUAGUUUGACAAUGACAGGUUGUGUAAUGUCAGAGGGUCACUUUAACUGCUGUCAAGAUAGUGAUUUUGAUGAAGGAGAUGUGUUUGGCGGUUGCUCCUCUGCCAUUUAGAUUAGGUAAUAAUUUGAUCUUUCACAACCCCCCAAGUAUAGGAAGUAGUAGUCAUAUGGAUGUCACUAGGCUAAAUUCAAUGGGUGACACUACUACAAGUUUGUAUGCAGAAUCUGCUGAGAAAGACCUUAGUGAUACUGUAUCAUCAAGUAGGACCGAGGGUGUUCCUUUGCUCCAUAUGAUAUCUGAAAAUGAAAGCAGCACUUGGAUUGCUGGUCAUGCUGUUGUUAGGGAAAGCGAGGAUGAUGAGAUCUUAUCGUUGGACGGUGAUCAAAUGUCUUGUUCCCUGUCUGUGGUGAGUGAUUCCAGUAGUUUAUGUGGUGAUGAUUUUAUAGGUUUUGAGGUAGCUUCUGACAUAUAUGGUCAGAAUUUUGUGGAUGCUGAGAAAAGCAUUUGUAGUGUUGAACUUAUAGCUAAGCCCGGAGAUCUGGUAGAGUCAGGUGUUGAGGAUGAUAACGUGAGUAAGCCCUUUGCCGUCAAACUUGAGGAGCAGAUUACGGAUGGCUCUAGCUCAAAAUCAUCUCAUGUUGUUGUUCAGUUACCCUUAAAUAAAGGGUUAAGUGCAGCAGUUAGUCGCAGUGUUUUUGAAGUGGAUUAUAUACCCCUAUGGGGUUUUACAUCUGUGUGUGGAAGGAGGCCAGAAAUGGAAGAUGCACUAGCAACUGUUCCUAGGUUCUUGAGAAUUCCUCUACAGAUGGUAGUCGACCGUGUUCCUGAUGGAGUGAGUAGAUGCUUAAGUCAUUUGACCGCCCAUUUCUUUGGAGUUUAUGAUGGCCACGGUGGCUCUCAGGUGGCGAAUUACUGCCGAGAUCGAGUUCAUGCUGUAUUGGCUGAGGAGUUGGAAAAAUUUAUGGCGAAUCUCAAUGAUGAAAGUAUUAGGCAAAAUUGCCAGGACCAAUGGAAAAAGGCAUUUACCAACUGUUUUCUCAAGGUUGAUGAUGAGGUUGGAGGGACGGGAAAUCAUGAGGCUGUUGCCGCAGAAACUGUAGGCUCCACGGCUGUUGUUGCCAUUGUUUGUUCGUCACACAUAAUAGUAGCAAACUGUGGUGAUUCAAGGGCUGUUCUGUGCCGUGGGAAGGAACCCAUGGCAUUGUCGGUGGAUCACAAACCGAACCGAGAAGAUGAAUAUGGAAGGAUUGAAGCAGCUGGAGGGAAGGUUAUACAGUGGAAUGGGCAUCGUGUUUUUGGCGUUCUUGCAAUGUCUAGGUCUAUUGGAGAUAGGUACUUGAAGCCCUGGAUAAUUCCUGAUCCAGAAGUAAUGUUCAUACCUCGAACCAAGGACGACGAAUGCCUUAUUCUUGCAAGUGAUGGUUUAUGGGAUGUUAUGUCAAAUGAAGAGGCAUGUGAAUUGGCUCGUAAGCGCAUACUCCUGUGGCAUAAAAAGAAUGGUGUAACGCUUCCCGUGGAAAGGGGCCAAGGAAUUGAUCCAGCAGCACAGGCAGCAGCAGAAUGCUUGUCAAAUCGAGCUACUCAAAAGGGCAGCAAGGACAACAUAACGGUGAUUGUUGUGGACUUGAAAGCCCAAAGAAAGUUUAAGAGCAAAACCUAACAUAACUGAUCUCUCAAUCAGCUGUUGCCAAUUAUAGGUUCACAGUAUUGACUUCAUAUGAUUGAAUAUAUCCAGCCCUUUUAAUUUUUACCAGGGGAAUCUGGGACUUAAGGUUUUCAUUAGAGUAGCUUCCUGUAUGUAUUGUAGUACUUGCUCCAUUCUCUGUAUGUAGUGUUUCUUCCUUUAGCUGUUUGAAGUAGGAGCAUACAUUAUUCCUCCGAGUUAAAGGCUCUGUGAGGUUAUUUGCCUCGGUAUUACUUGGAAACAGUAAUGAGCAAGUAGAGAGAUCUCUUCUGAAUUUUAUUGAAAAGAUGCAUCUUUUUAUA